AUGACCUCCGUGCUGUCGGACGAAGGCUCGAAAGUCGCGAGAAUGAAGCAGAAACUGAUGAACGACGUGCACGUGAAGGAAGAAACGCGAUCGUUUCUCAGCUUCUUCAGGGAGAACCUCAGUAUCUCUCAAUCGGAUCUUGAACAAGGCUUCAACAAACAUCGAUUCCGCCCGAACAAAAAUACGAUUCUGAGCGUGACGGCUUUGUUGAUCGCCCUUCUCUGCCUGGGCCUCGAAAGUUGGCGGUUCCAUUGUUCUUUGGUCAAUGCUCGGGAGAUAGAGGAGCUGAAACGAAGCGUGGAGAGUCUGAAGCAUCGUUUUUUGGAGGAGGAUCUGCUGGACGAGUUGAAAGCCUUUGAAGAACAGGUAGUGGUCCUUUUUUCUUUUCUUUCUUUCUUUCUUUUUUUUUCUUCGCGAGUAAAUGGAGCACGAAGAAAGUUGAGUGUCACGUGCUGGUAGAAUUACUUACUUUGGCCACCGUGUGUAAUUCGAUAGUCGUUCGACCCUUCCUCUUUUGUCAUUCGCACUACUUUCCGAUGGUUUAUUAUUGUUAUUGUUAUUAUUAUUAGAAACUAACGAUUCGCAGAAUCCGAUUCAACGUGAGAAAUCAGGAUUUCAAACUUCAAUUGUAA